CUCACAACGCACACACGACGCACACACGAGGUCACCGACGCAAGACGAUGAUGCAGAGUGCUGGCGGUGGUGGUGGUGGUGGUGGUGGACGGCGUGGGUGGCACAAACGCGGGCUGGCGAGGCAGCCUGAGCCGUGCGGUAUCGUGGAGUCGUCACCGCCCCACGGGAUCAAGCCGCUCGGCGCCGCCUUUUUGUCGGCCCGCAACCAUGUCCAAGACCGAAAUGAGUCGCUGGGCGACUUUGCCAUCUUCGGGGACGAGGAGCUGCUGCUCGUGCUCGAGUACCUGCACCCACGCGACCUCUGCAAACUGGCGUGCGUCAGCCGCUACCUGCGCGCGUUUGCCUCCCACGAUGAGCUGUGGCAAGCACACUGCGAGCAGCUGUUCCAGGCGCGGCCCUUCUCAUACGCCACCAACUGGAAGACAUCGUACAUGCGCGCUUGUGCGCGUGGUGGCUGCGACGAGGUGAGCCAGGGCGCGUGCCACGACAGCACCAGCACUGACAGCAGUGGGAGCCAACCACCACAGCAAUCAGCACAGCCAGAGCAUCACCAGCAAGGCCAGGAGCAAGAUGAGGAGCAGGAGCAGGAGGGCCAUGCUACUGAUUUGGCUGUGUAUUCGGAUUACUUGUACAGCAGCUGGUUCUAUGCCGCGGCGUGCAUCGACCCUUCGUGGCUCGAGGAAGAGACCAUGCCACGGAUCGAGCUGUCCCCGGCAGAGUUCCAAGCGCAGUAUGAGAGCAAGCAGAAGCCCGUCAUCCUCAAAGGCCUGGCCAAGUCCUGGCCCGCGUUUAAGCUAUGGCCUGACGGUGGCAUCAAGAGCGUGUGCCCCAAGAACACGCUCUUCAAGGCCGGGACCUUCAAUGUGACGUUGGACGCCUUUGACACAUACUCGCCACACCAGUGUGACCAACGUCCACUCUACAUCUUCGACAAGCACUUUGCAGACAAGUGCCCUCAGCUCGGCCAACAAUACUCGGUGCCUGAGCACUUCAGCACGGACUUGUUCUCCAGCAUCGAGGGAGCAAACAGGCCAAACUACCGCUGGCUCAUUGUUGGGCCCGCGAAAAGCGGAAGCACAUGGCACAAGGACCCAAACUCCACCGCUGCAUGGAACGCUCUCGUUGAGGGUGAGAAGCGAUGGAUCAUGACGCCACCAAACUACCCGCCCCCGGGUGUCUACCCAAGUCCCGACGGCUCUGCUGUUGCCACGCCCAUCUCCGUCACCGAGUGGUUCAUUUCAUAUUACGAGGCAUUGCAGCAGAGCGGCAUCCCGUAUGUGGAGGGCACGCAGCGGCCCGGUGACGUUGUGUUUGUGCCGCACGGCUGGUGGCACGUGGUGCUCAACACAAAACCGUCCAUAGCAGUCACGCAGAACUACGCGGGCGCCCCCAACCUAUUUGCUGUCCUUCGAUUCAUAGGAACGAAACCGGACCAAGUCUCCGGCGUCGCCCAAGAUGUGAACCUGUACGAGGAGCUGGUGCACGGUCUCAGGCAGCACCACCCCGAGAUGAUGGCUGUUGUGCAAAGAGAACUGGACACCCGCAAGCGAACGCACAAGCGCGCACACGGCAGUCGACGGCGUGUUGCUGAUGGCAACGACACCAUUGGCGGCACUCGUCGUGAUAGUGAUGAUGAUGAUGAUGGUGGUGGUGGUGGUGCUGAUGAUGGUGAUGAGGAGCAUGAUGGGCUUGCGAGGAAAAAGCCAAAGGGUCCCAGCGUUGUGAAGCCGUUCAGCUUCAACUUUGCAUCCUGAUGCCAUGGUGCGUGGUUGUUUUGUGCAGUAAACAAGAGUUUGCAUGGGA